AUGGCGUUAAUUAAACCUGGCGCUUUAUUCAGACUCAAUUUAUUAUCGGAACUACCUGUUGUGUCAGUUGCGGCUAGGAAAAUUCACAAUUCGUGUGUCCUCAAUGCUUCAAGUAGUGAUUCCAAGGAGCCGAGUCAUUUCCUCGAAUAUAACAAGAAAAUUUACCCGCCACAGUCCCCCGAUGAGACCCCUCGACCUGCCUAUGUGUGCCACCAACGGUGCAACAUUAAAUACAGCCCCUUCAAAAUGUGGUACGUGGCAUGUCUUGUCCGCGGCAUGACAGUCGAUGAGGCAAUCAAGCAAUUAAAAUUUGUUAUGAAAAAGGGGGCUAAAGACGUUCGGGAGACAAUUGAGGAGGCCCGAGAUCUGGCAGUGAAAGAACACAACGUAGAGUUUGCUAGUAAUUUGUGGGUUGCCGAAUCAUUUGUGGGUAAAGGCCAAGUUAUCAAAGGGGUAAGAAGACAUGCGAGAGGCAGAGCUGGAUUAAUUAAAUACAUGCACUGCCAUUACUUCGUUCGUCUUGAAGAGGGCAAGCCCCCUAAACACUACUACCAGCCCCCCAAAGAGCCCCAACAACAACUCGAGGAAUGGUUACAAAACAUGAGACGCCGAAAAAUAAUCAAUUCAAUUUAAUUUUAUUUAAGUAGAACUAAAUAAAUAAGUUAAUAAUU